GUAAAAUACGGAUAAGGUUUCAAUCUACCAUAGCCGCGCGAUCUCUGUACCGUUACAAUUGCUCCCAUGGCGGAAACCCUAAUCCUCAACUGCACUCGAGGAAUCCCAUCAAAUUUCCCGAAUUCGAGGUCGAGCACCGCUCCCAGACGCCGGUUUCCAGCUCCGAUUACUUCUAUUUCCGUCCAUUCCAAUCCAAAGACUGCUUUUGGCUUCCAGAGAUGGGUGCUUCGAGCGGAGGCAGCGUCUUCUUCUUCCGCGGUGAAGGAGGAGACGAAGGGAGAUGAGGAAUCGAUGAGCAUUGAUGCCUUGCAUCGCUUCGUUGACCUCAACUUGGGGAAAUGGAACGGUUCCUUCUAUCAAUUCGAUGCUCAGGGGAACUUGCUGCAGACUGUGAGCACGAAGCUUUCGGCCAGCUCCUACGGGGAGGAUGAACUGAUCAGUCUCAUUCAAACGCUAUACAUAAAGCAGCCUCCUUCCGGAACAUCAAUUGCAGGCUAUGAUUCUGAACCAGAGUGGAUGGAGUACAAAAUCAAAGAGACUAACAUGUUUACUGCAGACAAGUAUCUGCAGAUUGGAUUCUUCCCUCAAGAGAAGGCAUUUCUCUCCAGGUACCAGACUGCUGGAAUGCUGGAAACUGUCCUUAGAGCAGGUGUGCUCGGAGAAGAUGACACUGAGGAAGAAACUCCCAGAAACUUGAAGAUUCCUUCUCGUCAGCCCUCUGUAGUAUGUGAAAGCUGUCUUACUCUCUGAAAAAAAGAUAUGCGGGCAAGAGCCUUCCAUAUAAUGGAUCCAAAGGGGGUUCUUGAAAUGCUUCUUAUUUUUUCUUGAAGAACGAGGAAAUGAGGCGAUAUCCCAGAUAGGGUAAGUCAUCCUUAUCCAGUUUCACUUCUUUACUGUCAGGAUAUCCUAGAUAAAUUAAUUCCCUUGCUUGGGCGAUGGGAAGGUCAUUCUAUAACCAAACGCAGCGGUGUAUAUGGAGCAACAACUGCUGAGGCUGAUACAGUUUCUUUGCUUGAAAUGGAUGAUAAGGGUCAAUUAAUUCAGGACGUAACUUCAACUACCACUGGGAGUAGCACAACCACUAACGUCCGCUGGACAGGAACGGUAAGCAAUAACUUGGUUCGCUUUGAUGGAGGCUUCCAGCUGACCUUAUUACCUGGAGGGAUGUACAUGGGAUGCCCAUGCGACAUUGGCAAGAAUGUAGCCCAAUCACAGCCCUUCCAUCUGGAGUUUUGUUGGAUGGAAUCACCAGAGAAGAGGCAAAGGCUUGUGCGCACUUAUGAUGUGGAGGGCCUAGCAGUGUCAUCGACGUACUUUUAUGAGAUCAAAGUAUAAAGGCAUCCUAUCUUCGCCAAGCCUCAUUCCUCGACAUCUAAAUAUUUGUUAGAUGACUCCAUGCAAGUGGAAGCAUACCAUCCCGAGUCAUUUCCAUUUUUCCAUGCAAGUAUCUCCAUGCAAUCCAUUGCACCUCUCUUGCUCUCCACAAUGGAAGUGUCAAAUUACCUGUGCUCUUACAAAAGUCUGACUGAAGAAUGCUUUCUUACUCCUUCCAGUCUUUUUACUGUGUUUUGAAAGCUACAAAAAUCUCUCUUUUUCCCCCCUUUUCCAGGUACGGGAGACUUAUAUUUGUGUAGGCUUCCAGCAGAUUGUAAUGGGAGAGCGUGUGCAACUUUUAAAAGGAAAAACAAAGAGAGGGGAAAAGAUCUGUACUUAACAAUGGCCUGCGAACACAUCAUAUCUUUAAUUGUUCAUUCUUCAAAUUUUCUUAUAAACAGAGUGCUGAGCCUUGUAAAGAUCAAAAGCUUCGAUGCUACCUAACUUCUAUUGGUGUACUUCCUUGUGUUUUAAUCUGCCGCUUCUUCUCGUAGCCUUUGUCUUCUUUUGCUACUAGCCAUUCUGUUAACCAUGUUCAUUUAAUGAUGAA